UAAAUGCAGACAAGGUGGUGCCUACCUUUCAUGUGGAAAGCUGCCUUACAAAAACAGGUCGCAUUUUCCAUUAUCCCAGAGUUUUUCUAGCCUCAUACAAGCUUUGGUGGGUGCUCCAUGACCUAAACUCCAUUUACUCUCCUUGAAAUAUGUUAAGGUUGUUAUUGUGUUUUCCUUCAAGCAAAAGGAAGGUGUGUCUCCAGUGCAGUCCUUUUAAAUAAUAAUUUAUAAACUCUAGGAGAUCUGCAGAAACCAGCCUUGUGAAAUGUAGUUUUUUGGACACAGAAGUCGGUCUGUCUUACAGCAUCUGCUCGUGGUGUGGUGUUAAUAUCUGUAAGAACAAACGGUGAGGAGAAAAGCUAGUGCAAAAAGCGGACAAAUUGAGAAGAAACUUUAGUUUCCAUCUCCUUCCUUUUCUUCUUGCUUUGUGCUGCUGUUGGAACAAGAAUGGGUCAGCUAUGUGGACGAUGCAUGCAGCUCCUGCGGGACUUCAUAGGCUUUGUUCAGAGGAUGUCCUCUGACUUGGUGCAAGGCAUCAAGGCAUGUCUAACUCUGAUAAGCAAGUGCUCCUGCUUAAAGCAAAACAGCUCUAAAAACAGACAGCUAUACAAGCCCAUCCUACAACCUCAUGAGAGAGUGACAGCACAGGAGUUUCUGCAGCAUAUUGAAACAGAUUUUGAAAUGUCUCCACUUGGAAAGGACCCUCUGGAAGCCUUGAGGACCUUAUCCUUUUCAGAAAACCCAGGUUUACAGCAGUCGGCUGCCCUCUAUUAUUUGCAUAUGAGUCAGCACAUGAACAUCCCCCUGCCUGUGGAACAUCUGGAACCCUUCUAUCCCUUACUACGUUCUGCUGACCUGGAGGUGCAGCAGAUGUCUUCCUUGUCCCUUGUCAACUUCUUGCUGGAAGGAAAUAUUGACAAAGAAUUAGUUGUCCAAAUGGGUUUACUUGAGCCAAUUCUGGAUCUGCUUGAGUCAGAGGAUCCCACUGUCCAGUGUAAUUCCUGUGCCUGCAUCAUGAUUUUGGCUGUUUCAGAGUCCAACCGAGAGGCUAUUGGUGCUGCUAGAGGAGUUACACCCCUACUGUCUCUUGCCAAAUCCUAUGAUCCCAGAGUCCAACAAAAUGCAGUUGGUGCUAUUCUGAACCUGACACAAUCAGAGAAAAUCCAACAUGUCCUAUGCAAGGAAGGAGCCCUACCAGUUCUUGCCUUGCUGCUGGAAUCUCCUGACUCAGAAGUCCAGUAUUACAGCUGUGCUGCCCUGAGCAAUGUGGCAGCCAAUGUUCAGCACCACAAAGCCUUGCUGAGACACAGUGACAGAUUCCUGCUGCGGACACUGAUCUCUCUCCUAUCCUCUUCUAUGGACAAGGUUUCAAGCCAGGCAUGUGUUUGCCUAAGAAAUUUGGCUACCAGUGCGGACAUCCAGGCCGAGAUGGUUGCUGAGAACGUCCUGCCCAAGCUGUGCUCUCUCCUAGCCUCUGGCAGCGAGGAUGUACGGCGUGCUUCCAUUGCUUUGCUCUGGAUACUCUCCCAGCACCCACCCAACCAGGACACUCUGGCCUGUGCUGAGCUGCUGCAGAGCCUGGGCACGUUACUGGCAGCACACAAAACAGACCCUGUGAUUGUUGGACAUACUGCUUGCAUCAUCAAAAACCUGAGCCUUUCCAACAACAGACAGAGGAUCACUGAGAGCUGCUGUGUCGAAGGUCUCCUCCAGACCAUGCUUUUGACCGACACUCAGGAGGACUCCCUUCGUUACGUGACAUCCUGCCUUGCUGAGCUAGCAAAGCAAGAAGGAGCCAUGUUACACAUGGUCCAGUGGAUGGAUGAGCCUUUGACAAAGUGCUUGGUGAGCCUGGCUGGCCAACUGGAACAUCCUGAGCCAUCCUUUCAUGCUGCCUCCAUCAUCCAGCACAUGAUGGGUCACGAAAAAAUGAUGCUUUUGUGGAAGCAUCACAUUGGAGAGAUUCAAGCCUACCUCAAGAAUUUUCUUACCCACCAAGAGGUCCGUUUCCAGCAGCUGGGCAUCUCCACAUUCUGCAGGCUACAAGCAGAUCCAGACUUUUCUUCAGCAUUCAGAAAAAGCCAAAUGGCCAGACUCCUUGAGCAAGUCCGUCAACAAACAGAAGAAACUCAAGAGCUCCUUAGGGCAGCUAUGUGCCAUGAAGACAGUUAAUAUUUAAGCCAAAUUGCUUUUGAAAGCUUACCAGAUCCAAGGGCCUGAACUUUCAGAGGAAACAACUCUUUUCAUUGGUUCCUGUAAUUUUCCUGCUACUUGCAGUUUGGUCAUACAAGAGAGAUGUCCCAAUAACAAGAAUUGGAGCAGGUCAAAACACAAUUCGUUGGACCCUUUGGCUGGCUGCUUAAGUGUACUUGAGGACAUGGCAACAUGUUGAAAAACACCUGUUAUGCUUGGUUAACCUUCCACGGUUUGUUUUUGGUUUCCUCAUCCCCCCCUUCAGAAAAACCAGCACUGUAUUAAUGAGGUUUUAUUCAUGCAACAGGCUGAUUCUGCUGGUGAGGCAUCUCACAAGUAUGCAAGUGACUCUGCAUUCAUCUUUAUUCUGUUUCUGUUCCAUGUCCUGUAUUUCAGGGCACACUCCAAGGACUUUAGAACAUAAUUGAAUCAACCCAUACUAUAAAGGUAGAAAACUACAAACAAGUUAAUAGAGAAAGUAACUGCUGAGAGACAAUUCAGAAAGUGCAAGAAAUUUGUAAGAAACAAGAAUGGGUGAAGCCUUACAGCUGAUCCUUGUCCACAUUAUAGGCACUGUUCUCCAGCAGGAGAGCAAAGGCACGUUAAGGCAAGGAAAUGUUGCACAGAGCAAGUGCAAAACACAGCAGGAACCACAAAUUAUUUGGGUGAGAUGUGUUUAAGUACAGAACUGUGUUCUGCAAAGUUAAAUUAUUUCCAAAGCUACUUGCAACAAAGGAAGAGUGAAAAUAUUUGGCAAAACUAAAAAUUUUUGUCAUAUUUGGAAAUUGAUACUUCAUUUUAAAUGGAGUUAAUGAACAACAAAAAGUUAGUCAUGUGUUUAAAUUCAACUAAUUUUCUUACUUUUAUACUUCCCAUGGGCACGCAGAUGUUCAGCCAUCUCCAGGAAAGCUGAGUUCCAUCAUGUGUAAUGAUUACUAGGGGAUACACACACUGUAACUUCAAACAUGCCCCCUUUCCUCUUCCUUCCCCCAGCUUUAUCUGCCCAGCAUGACAAUGUAAGUUAUGGGAUGUCCCAAUGGCCAGCUGGGGUCACCUGUCCCAGCUGUCACCUCCCAUCUUCUUAUGCAGCCCCAGGCAGGUGGGAUGGUGUGAGAGGCAGACUGUGCAAGCGCUGCUGAGCAGUAACUAAAACAUGCCUGUGUUACCAACCUUGUGUUCAGCACAAACCCAAACACAGCCCCCUUCGAGCUACUGUGAAGAAAAUUAACUCUACUCCGGCCAAAAGCAGCACGCUGUCUUUUGAGGUGCUUCUUCUUCUAUGUGCACAAAGAGCUUUAGAGCUGAUAGUGGUUACAAGUAAGGAAUAAAAGUGAGAUUAAAAAAAUAGUUUAAAAAAGUUAUUCUGUCAGUUAAGAGCUCAGUGUUCCAUUUUAUUAUGGCUCCCAUCUCUGAGCCUCAUUUUGGUGCUUGAGGGAGGCAUUUUUGAUAAUGAUUUAUUUUAAUAUCUGCAAGUUCUUUCCAAUGGUACUGUUUCCAAAAAAAAAAAACCAACCAAAAAAACAAACAAACAAACAAAAAAAACCCAACACCAAAACACUAAAGCAAAACAACCCCUCCCCCAAAAAACAAAACAAAACAUGUAAAAACAACCAAAACCAAAAUCACAGUGCAAUAAAAAGGCUUAAUUAAGUGCAGGGUAGACAGAACUUUGGAUAAAACAAUAUGGCAUUUUCAAUAUUCAUGCGUGACAGGAAUCUUGUUUUGAAAUCUCAUGUGACAAACCACGUGCUCAGCUUUGGGCAGGUGGACUUUCUAAAACAGAGAACUGGCUGAGUGACACACCGGAAACAAAAAAAUCUCAAAUUGCAGACCACCUCUGUGGGUGAUUUUAGGUCAGUUUCCCAAAAGAUACAGUGCAAUAUUAAGUAAUGAUAUUAGAAUGUGUCCUGUAUCUGUAUUCUUAGGCAUUUAACCUCAAACAUUAUUUCAAGGUCUUAGCAAGAAAGCAAAUAACAAAGCAUUCUUCAUCAGGAAUGAGGAGAUAAAAGACAUGAAGCAAGCAGAGCUAAUGCUGAGCAAUGCAGCAGUUGUGAUGUACUGAAAUGACUCACAGAGCAUCCUCCCUGUGAGCAUCGAUGUUGUGCUGGGGACGGGAGCACGGAGCUGAGCCUUCCCACAGCACACAGCUCCCUGCUGGGGAGGGCUUCUGCUCCCAGCCCUCACAACAGCUGUCUGCACCUGCUACUUCUGCCUCACGGAGUAUUCCACCUUGCCCCUCAUGGUACAAACAACACAACCAGCUGCAAUAGCAGGCAGAGGAGCUGGCCUUUCUCCCACACCAUAUUUUAGUGUCAAGAACAACACCCAGCAGAAGAGAAACUAUUUUUCCCUGCAUUAAAAGAGGCUUAACCAAAAGAUUUAAAAAUCCGAUAAAUAAUUUUUAAAAAAUUCAUACACCUACUUCUACUCUCGAUUCCCUUGGGUAUUUUUUUAUGUCAGGUCCCUGAAACAGGAAAUUCUUGUUAUCAUUUGAAGCAAACCUGGAUUGACUGUAAUGAUAAACUGUUUUUAAUCCAGCCCUGUUAAAAAAAAAUUAAAGCAAAAAACAAAGUACACGUGAGAAGUAAAGUUUUUUCACAAACAGUGAAGCAACUGUGCUGAAGUCUCCCAAAAAACAGAACAGCACAAUUUAUUAACCAAUCCUAAAUAGCUCAAGAUCAACACAAUUUAAACCUGAUCCUAAAUGAAUCCUAAGACUUAAAAGUGAAACUAAAUGUAACUGCCUAUUUCUUUACUCUCUUGUUGAAAGUGAUUGUACUGAUUUUUUAGUACAUUUAGUAAAGAAAUUAGAGAAAACCUGAAGCAGUUUUAAGCAGACCAUUAGUAGCAAGAAGAGUUUUCCAUCAGAGAUUGACUCUUGCUUCAAUUAUGCAAGAAAAUGAAAAUAUAAGUAGAAAUAAAUAUUUCAAACAAGGUUUUUAUUUGGUACUUACAUGCUAUAUAUAGUUUUAAAGAAAAACUACAUAUUUUGGACACUUCAAAAUAUUGUGGCUAUGUACAUGGAAAACUAAAGAAAGCAAGAAAGGAACCCAAUUUAUUUUACUGUGUCACAAGUUACUAUUGAAAGCACUCUGACUGAAUGGCUGUUUUUUCCCUUCCAUAAAUAUUCUGGCAGAUGAAGUCUCUUUCAUUUUAUUUCCAUUGCUUUUAUCCCAUCUCCUCAAUAAGAUGAACACUUGGCAGCAGCAGAAAUUUCUUCAAAAAUUCUUCAGCUUUUGUCUCAGAGGAUUUCUUCUGCUAGCACAGCCUUUCUGCACAGCUUCCUAGAGGGCUUGCUCAGUGCUCACUAAAGGCAAGUGCAGGAAUCUUAAUGGUACAUUCUUUGUCAGCAGGAGCUGAGGGCCCAUUUCCCCUACCCAAGGGUCUUCUCACUGAUUCAGAAAGCAAUGCCUCGAGCCUUCGGCGAUGCUUCCAACUCAAGCACCCAGAGCGAGCCCCGCCUCCAACAGCAUUGUUUAGCAAAGCACAAAAACGUGCAAGAUUUUACAGUUCUGCACAACAGCAACCAAAAGUGUGGGAUGGAACAAUGAAUGACAGUAGAAAUCAGCAUCAAACUAAAGAGAAAGCAACCUGCAUCGCUCCUCUUGCCACUCAAACUGCUUUGCUUUAUAAAAACCACACACUGCAUAAAAAAGCACAAUGACCAUUUUCCAUUUGCUCUGAAACGAGCAAACCCCAAAAAUCCCCAAACCUGCAUCAUCAUCCAAAACUCAAAUAUCCCAGGUUUCACACAGUCUUCAAUAGUCUGAUAAGGCAAAGGAAAAGUCUUCCAUCAUUGGGAACAGCAGCAAUUUACAGGACUCAGAACAAGGUAUUUCCUUGUAUGUGUGCGCACACAUGUGUGCACAUAUGCAUACACAUCUCUUAUAGUAUUGUGAACAUGGAUGUAACUAAAAAAAAUCAAGUUUGCAGUAUCUUUUUUGCCACAUUUGUCUAAUUUAUUCAAUUAAAUGAUUUAUUUCUGUACUCAGCAAAAUUCAUAAAUACAUAAUCUAGGAGAACAAUAGGUUUUCCUCUUGUCUGUGAAAAAAUAACGCUUUCAAAUUUUCACAUUUUAAAACCUGUCUUGUUUUGUGUUUUUAGAGAAAAUGUGAGAAGAUCAUAGUGACGUCUCAAUUUACAGAAGUCCCUGUAGGAAUUACAUUUACAAGAACCUGAUACAGAAGCCUAUAGUUUGCCCCUAUAAUUAGAGUUCUCUGCAAUAACAUUUAAACCAACAGGUUUAAAUAAAACACCCCAUUAACUCUACUUGUAGAGCAAUGAGGCAUUUAUUUUUCAAGUAUUAGAACCACAAAAUGUAAAAGAUUCUUUGCCAAUUUUACAAUUAUGCCUUUUAAACCAACACCCACCUUUUUUAAAAACAAAAAAGAAUCAGUCCCACCACCCAAAUCAGCCUGUUACUUUCCGAUUCCAGUGUCUUGUGUCUUAAGGAAUGCAGAAAUAUUCAUUUACUAACAAAAAAAGCUUGUUGGAAAUAGCCAUAUUAAGUAACGCACGUGAAGCAUGAUUUUUCUAGUGAUGAAAGCUAUUAGAAUGGUGAUCCAAGUCUAUUCCUCUCAUUUCUUCUGCUGGUUUUACUAAAGUCCUUCCAAAAAAGAUAUUCAAGAAAUCUUUAAAAAACUGGAGAGAAAAAAUAAAACACUCCUUCAUAGCAUGGAAGAAACUCCACAGACUGCAGAGAUGCUCAUAUCACCUUUGGUUCUUCAGAAGAAACAAUCAGAUCACUUCUAAAACAGAAGGCAAACAUGACAGGUCAGAGUGGCAGUUCUUCCUUCAAAAUGUUAUGUGCUUAUGCAAUUAUUUUAAUGUGAGAUGAUUUUCCUUUUGUUUUUAGGCCAGAGAAAAAUAAAGCACUAUCCCAUUGUA